AUGAGUCAAGGUGGAGUAGUUUAUGCUAUGCUGAAAGCACAAAGAAUCCGUUUAAAUGCCAGUGCUAAAGACGAGAUUACUCGUUCGGCUAUCGUGUUUUCAGGUCAAGGUAACGACCUUGGCCAGAUCUAUACAGUUAGAAAUCAGUUAUUACUUAAAUUUGUUGGUUAUGAAAUCAAGCAUCCCAAUAUUGUGCCAGUUCAAUUAUUAUCUUUAGCUGCUCCUCAUUUUUGUGGUAAGGCCUAUGAUUGGUUACAACGUUAUUUUGCUGAUGCUAUUCAGAAUGUUCUUACUCCUACUACAGGUGAUGAAAAUGGUACAAAUAUUUAUACCAUUACUUACAGACAAUUUUUAUCUGAUUUCAUUGAUGAAUUUAAAUCCGAAUCAUUCAUUACAAGAAUCUUACUUCAACUUAAGGAUUUUAAACAUACAGGAUCAUUUGAAUCAUUUAGAAGAGGUGUUAGGUCAAUUAUUAGUCAAUUACCAAAGGAUGAUCAAGAAUCAAACAAAGAAUUAAUUAUUGAAACUAUUGCUUUGAAUACUAGAAAUCCAUACACCAAUAUUAUUGCUGCAAUGAAAGAAUUAGAUGAUAUCAAUAAUAUUAAAAUUUCAGAACAUGAUAUUGCUCAAGAAAAGAAAAAUUUACCUCGACCAACGGCUCCUAAAAGUUGGUCUGGAACUCAUCACUUUAAGAAAGAAGGAAAAAAUAAAAGAAAUUUCUUUUCCCAAAAAAGAUCCCACUCAUCUCACCAAUCUCAACAACAACAACAACAAUCACCACCACCACAACAACAACAGCAACAACAACAACAACAACAACGUCCACUGGGUCCUGCUGCUGGUAGAGGUGGUAGAGGUGGUAGAGGUGGUAGAGGUGGUAGAGGUGGUAGAAAUGGUAGAAAUGGUAACAGAUUUAAUAAUAAUAAUAAUAACAACAACAACAAUAAUACUAAUUCAAAUGGACCAAACAAUGCAUCUACUACAGUUAACAACACAGAAGUUGGAGAUGAUGAUGAUGGUAACAAUUAUGCUUCAGCUAAUGUUAGAAAUUAUUUUUAG